GUGGCGGUGAAAGUCAUUGACAAGAAAAGAGCCAAGAAGGACACCUAUGUCACCAAGAACCUGCGGCGGGAAGGGCAGAUCCAGCAGAUGAUCCGCCACCCGAACAUUGCUCAGCUCCUGGAUAUCCUGGAGACCGAGAACAGCUACUACCUGGUCAUGGAGCUGUGCCCUGGGGGCAACCUGAUGCACAAGAUCUACGAGAAGAAGAGGCUGGAGGAGCACGAGGCGCGCAAAUACAUCCGGCAGCUCAUCCUGGCGGUGGAGCAUCUCCACAGGGCGGGGGUGGUCCACAGAGACUUGAAGAUAGAAAAUCUGUUGCUGGAUGAAGACAACAAUAUCAAGCUCAUUGGUAUGAAACCAACUUUGGCAAUCCCA